GCAAACACCUCCGCCGCCGGUCUCACACAGUCGUCUCCACGCAAAGUCGCAAACCCCACCAGCGCCGCCGUCGCGCCGCCAUGGCCUCCCCCGCCGCCGCCUCCCGCGCGCCCCGGCUCUCCAGCAUCUUCUCCUCGACCACACCACGCGCCCAAACACCCAAGCCUGCGCCCGCUCCUGCGCCUGCGCCUGCACCUGCACCGGCCCCGAAAGUGGCCGCCGGCGAGGCGGAGGCGAAACCCAACGCGGGCCGCAGCCACGAGAAGUCCCUCGGCAGAAUCGUGAAGGCCAUCUUCCAGGAGCGCGAUCCGGAAAAGCUGGUAUCCAAGUUCAUCGCCGCAUCGGCCGCGUCCCAGCGCUUCCGCGAGAAGCACCGCGUGUACGAGGUGGCCGUGGCCCGCCUCACAUCCUUUGGCCGCCACGACGCCGUCGCGGCAAUCCUCGACUCGCAGAAGCCCUUCCUCGAGGCCUCCACCGAGGGCUUCGCCACGCGCCUCGUCCGCCUCUACGGCCGCGCAUCCAUGCCGUCCCACGCCGCCACGACCUUCCUCGACCUUCCCCCGAAGCACAAGUCUGUCAUGACCUUCAACGCCCUCCUCUCUGCCUACGUCAACGCCCGCGACUUCGACGCGCUCGCCACGGCGUUCCAGCAGAUCCCGGCCUCACACCCAACCAUUGUCCCCAGUGUAUACUCCUACAACAUACUCAUCAACGCGUUGUGCCAGAAGCCGGACCUCUCUGCCGCCCUCGACGUCAUCCCGCUCAUGGAGAAGUGCGGUCUUACACCCAAUGAGAUAUCUUUCAACACUCUGCUCAAUGGAUUCUACAACAACGGUUGCUUUGAUGAUGCCAAGAAAGUCUGGGAGAUGAUGAAGGAGAGGAAUGUUGAGCCGGAUGCAAAGAGCUACAAUGCGAAGCUGCGAGGUUUGGUUUCCAAAGGGAGUACUGAGGAUGCAAUUGCUUUGAUUGAGAGGAUGCAGAAGGAUGGGCCAAAACCUGAUACAGUGUCUUACAAUGAACUGAUUCGAGGGUAUUGCAAGGAAGGGAGAUUGGAUGAGGCCAAGAAGGUAUAUGAUGAUCUGGUAAAGAAUGAAUGUGCACCAAAUAGUGGCACAUUUCAUACCCUUGUGCCACAUUUUCUUGAGGCUGGGGAUCUUGAUCUUGCUCUAAAGUGCUGUCAUGAGAUCUUUAGUGGGAAGUGCAGAGUGCAAUCCUCGUUGCUCCAGAGCGUUGUGACUGCGCUGGUUGCUGCAUCAAGGGUGGAGGAAGCUAAGAGGAUUGUUGAGCUUGGGAGGAAGAACUACUAUCCUCGGAAGGGUUUGAGAAUGUCGCCACGCACUGGAGACAACAUGGGUUUGAAGAUGCCACCACCUACUGGAGAAGACAUUGAUGCAGAAGCCAAAACUGAUUUGGAAGAUUCUGCACCGGAUGAAGAGGGUGAGGGGUGUGAGGAGGGAGAGGAUUCUAAAAAUGCUUGAUGAGGAUUGUAGGUUAGGCAUUGACGUGUCAUGGUGAUGUAAACUAAAGUUGCACUACUGUUUCGCUGCCCCAAUACAUCAGAAUUGCAUGUAUAAUUGCUAUCCUCUAGUACUUCAAUAAGAAAUGGUUUAUUGCUUCUCUGCUGUAAUUGAUUUGUAAGAAAACAGCUACUCAUUUUAUAUAAUAUUUAUAUGAAGACCUUCUUCCCUAGAA